AGUAACUCCUCGAAUUAAGAUAAUGAUUACUGAUAAAAAGAAGAAUAUGCGUCCAUUGUGAUUUCCUCUAUCUCCUUAGUCCUUACUUUCUUACAGAUCCUUUUUGGCGGAGCCUCCCAGGUUACCAACUCAACCCACGAAAAUGCAGAGCACUGCAAUUUCAAUCUCACCUUCAAUCCCUCUAAUUAAAUCUCGCCAAAACCCUAAUUACAGCCAUUCUCAUCUUCUCUCCCUUCCUUCUCGUCCUUCUAUCUACUCUAAUUCGCGGCGUUUGACAGUUGUUAACAGUUGUGUUGAUAAUGGGAAUUCCAGCUUUAAUUUGAGCCGUAAAUCGUCUGGAAUUGAUGGAUUGAUACCUCUUCCGUCGUCGUUGAAGUUUUCUGGUAAAAAAUCGGAGAAUGAUUUCGUUGUUAAGGCUACUUCUGUCCCUGAAAGUGCUGAUGCUGGUGAUGCGCCGGAAACACCUGCGAUUGGACGCACUCUGGAGCUUGGGAUCUUGUUUGGGCUUUGGUAUCUUUUUAACAUCUACUUCAACAUAUACAACAAACAGGUUUUGAAGGUAUAUCAUUAUCCUGUGACUGUCACUGUGGUUCAGUUUGCUGUCGGGUCAGUGCUUGUUAUAUUAAUGUGGAUUUUUAAUCUCUACAAGAAACCAAAAGUUAGCGCUGGACAGCUAGCUGCCAUCUUGCCAUUAGCUAUCGUUCACACUCUAGGCAACCUAUUUACCAAUAUGAGUCUUGGAAAAGUAGCUGUGUCAUUCACGCACACAAUUAAAGCCAUGGAGCCAUUUUUCUCUGUAUUACUGUCGGCAGCCUUUCUGGGAGAGACUCCUACUCCUUCGGUGGUGCUCUGUCUUCUUCCCAUUGUUGGAGGUGUGGCUCUUGCUUCAGUGACAGAGGCCUCUUUUAAUUGGUCUGGAUUUUGGAGUGCUAUGGCUUCUAAUUUGACAAAUCAAUCUCGUAAUGUGCUUAGCAAGAAGGUCAUGGUGAAAAAAGAGGAAUCUAUAGACAAUAUCACACUCUUCUCCAUAAUUACUUUGAUGUCCUUUGUACUUCUAGCCCCAGUAACUGUUUUUAUGGAAGGUGUCAAGUUCACUCCAACAUAUAUGGAAGCUGCUGGAUUGAAUGUCCAACAAGUGUAUGUAAGGUCCUUGCUGGCUGGGCUUUGCUUCCACGCUUAUCAGCAGGUUUCUUACAUGAUACUCCAAAAGGUAUCUCCAGUUACUCAUUCUGUCGGUAACUGUGUGAAGAGGGUGGUUGUCAUUACCAGCUCUGUUUUAUUCUUCAAGACACCAGUUUCACCUAUCAAUGCUCUAGGAACCGGAAUUGCACUGGCUGGAGUUUUUCUAUAUUCAAGAGUAAAGAGCAUUAAGGCAAAGCCAAAGGCCGCUUAGUUUUGGUUAGUGUUUGUCUCUACUUUCUAUAGGUAAAGAACCAUAUUUUAUUGGAAGAACUACUCUUUUUUCCUGUUGAAUAUUUUUUCCAAAUGCUUGGGCGUUGUGUUAUUUCUGAUUUUGAACGACUUCAUGAAGUUUAUUUUAGGCAAACAGUCAAUUAUGUAGUUUUUUUAUUCAUUUGGAAGUUUUGUUAUGUAAAAUUGAGCCAUACACCUCAUUUAUAAUUCGUAAUAUUAGAAACUGAAUAUCAUCGCUAGUAUUACCUUUUCA